GAUGCCGUGUGCAAAAGUAACCUUUGAUUAUGCCAUCCAAAUUGAGAGUUACUGUGCACAAGUGAUAUUGGCUGGCAAAAGUAACGUGCGCGUAUAUUAAUAAAUUAUUUUUUAAAAUGAUUUUAGCGAAAGAAGUUGUAUGUAAAAUUAAUCUCGUUAAAAUCGGGGGGAAAAAGAUUCGAAAUGUGUCAGAAAAUCACGCACCGUGAUGAAGUAAUCGCGCUUCAUGGUACACACAAACUGAAUAUUUAAACGAAGUGCACUUCAACAGAUUAUAAAUCACCGUCACAGGUGAAAUUCAUCCAGAUAGCAGUUAUAUUAACGGAAAUAUGGAGUACAAUUUCACGUAGAGUAACAGUUGAUUCCUGCCUCCGUUCUGUCCCGAAUAAAUAAAAACUGUUAUCCUUUAUGUUUUUUAUUUUUGCUCAACUUAUGUAACUCUUUCGAGUUUUACAAAGAUUGCCUCAGGUCUUAUUUUCUAUCAUCUUCGACAUCAUUGUGACGUAAAGAAAUAUGUACAUACAAGGGAGCAAAAGGGACAAUGGUUUCUUUACUUAACUGGAAUGCGGUUAUCCGGUUGAAUAAAGUCCUUCUCGAAUGCUAAAUCGAUUUCAGAAAAGUACCAAACAAACGAAAUGGAAGCGAUCGAUCGCAUCGUAUCCAGUGCGUAAAUGCAAAUCCUUGUACAAUCGAGUCUCUAUCCGCACACAGAUGGUCAGGUUAUUCUUUCGGCGUAUGCAAAUUAUUCUCGAUCGUUUUGACUCGGACAUAUUCAAUUUCCCGGUUUGGUUCCAUGUGGCCAAUGAACUCUGUCAUUGUUUUCGCUUCGCGUUCCCGAUCGAAAUAAUUAACGUAUAAUCCGUUUAUCAGCGACAGUGGGAUAUCGGGUUGGUGGGAUAAGAUCGAGGAGACAACAUACUGACUGAUUUACGUGGAAUUGUUAUAAAGAGGUGAGCCAUCACGCGCGUCUACGAAAGCGUCACGAUGAACACGUGAACCGGCCGGUACAUCCAUCAAAUUUUUGUUAAAAGGAGAAGAUGACAGGCGCGCUAGUAGCACACGUGCUGACUACGAUUGAUUAGGGUCAUCCCCGCGGCAACCGAUGGACAAACACAAAUAAACCACGCAGGAUACCACCCUGAAGCGGAGCCGCCUGCGAAGUGACCUGUCAGUAGACAGCUGACCGCUUUCUACGCGCAAUAUCCGCUUUCAAUUUCCAGGCGUAUAUGGCGGAUCCGAAAAGAAUCGUCCCGAGAGGAGGUUUCCCGACGAUGCCAUAACGGCGGCGGCGGUGGCGGCGGCGGCGACGGCGGCGGUGGCGACCAUCGAGGUUUUCAACCCUCGAGUCGUAACUGGACCGCGAAGGCCGGGUCUCCAGCCCGGCGCGUCCUAGUUCCACGCACAGCCCUCGGCUUCAAGACCGUAUUAACGAUAUUAAAGCUCAAUAUAGACGCGGUUGCAGUUAAUCGUGCAGGGAAAUACUGCGAAUACACACGAGGCAUUUCCUUAAACUCGCGGCGAACUGAAAUGAACCGAAUGCACCAUCAAUGUUCCCCGUUCUCGCGAGGACGAGAACGCCAAUAAGUGAUAUUGCGCAACGCUCGGAACUUCGAUUCGUAUCGCUGUGAAGAAUUUCCCGUGUUCAGACCGAGUUGAUUUACCUUUUGCCUUCCGUUCCCUUCGAGUCUCGUUCGUUUCCAAGUUAUUCAAAAAGACGCCUAGCUCGCUCGCGACCAUGAUAUCCGGAGGGGGCCGGAGUCGUGUCGUCGCCAAGAUUUGCAUGCUGUACGUUUUAACGGCGGCUUUCACGGCCUACGGAGUAGAAGACACGACGUCAAAUGAGAAACAGAAACCAGCUCAGUCGAGACCGGUGAAUCUUUUUAUAAUUAAUGAUGCGAAGAACGAAGCGGGAAAUGCGAGCGUGGCCGCCGCAUUGAAGGCUCUGGGGGAGAAGUAUCCCGGUCAUCUGGGCAAAGUUUGGUCCGUACAGAUCAACGACAGCGAUUCCAGCGAAAGUCUCGAGGCUAUAUGCAACACCUGGAGCUCGGCCAUCAGUAAAGGCGGCUCGACCGUUCCGGAUCUGAUCCUGGACAUAACGAUGGCGAACCUGGGCGCCGAAACUUCAAGUUCCUUCACCGCGGCCAUGGGAGUUCCAACGUUAUCCGCCCAAUUCGGUCAGGAGGGUGAUAUUUAUUAUUGGAGAGAUCUCGAUCUUGAUCAAAAAAACUAUCUGAUCCAGGUAAUGCCACCAAGCGACUUAGUGCCCGAGGCGAUCCGUCAAUUGGCGAUCCAGUUGAACAUCACCAAUGCUGGCAUCCUCUACGACAAAAAUUUCAUUAUGAACCACAAAUACAAGAGUCUGUUGCUGAACGUGCCGACCAGACACAUCAUUAACAGUUUGGAGAAAACGAUCGACAACACGAAGGUGCAGUUGUCGAAGUUGCGGGAUUUGGACGUGAUAAACUAUUUCCUACUAGGCGACGAAGGUUCUAUCAGCAUGCUAUUGGACGCCGGGCAAUCGUUGAGCUUCACCGGACGAAAGUACGGCUGGUUUAUUUUGACCCUGGACGAAGAAUUGUGGCCGAGCUGCGCGUGCGAGAACAUCACUGUGCUGUUCCUAAAGCCGAAAUCACCAAUGGUGAACAAUGAAAAUCAAGCUGAGUCUAUUGUAAGGAGGUCACUCCCGAAACCGCUUAUCACGUCGGCCUUUUAUUACGAUCUGACCCUGUUGGGCGUUAACGCGAUGAAAUCGGCCCUGGACAACGGCGACUGGCCUUUGGCACCUCGUCAUAUCGACUGCAACAGCUACGAUGAGACCAACACGCCAACGAGAGAUCUGGAUUUCUUGGGUAAAUUGGUGGCGACCUCGAAGAAUUAUACGCCGACGUACGCAGGCAUCAGCUGGGGUAAGAAAAACGGAGAACAUCACGCGGACUUUAAAAUGUUGGCGUACAUGGUGAACAUCGAGCGGGAAAGAAUUACGUCGAAGGAGGAAAGCGGAGAGUGGCAGGCGGGCAUCGAGCAGCCCUUGCAGGUCACCAACGAGAAAAUCAUGAAUAACACCGCAGUGACGAACUACAGGGUGAUCGCUCUGCAGCAUCCACCCUUCGUGAUGUACAACAAUAAAACCGGCGAGUGGUCCGGCUUCUGCAUCGACCUGCUAGACGCGAUUCGCGAGACCGUGCCGUUCGAAUACGAGAUACGCGAAGUGGAGGAUCACGAGUACGGCUCGUUGAGUGAUAAUGGCAGCUGGAACGGAAUGAUGAGGGAGCUGAUAGAAAAACGCGCCGACAUCGCUUUGAGUUCGCUCUGGGUCAUGGCAGAGCGUGAGAAAGUUGUGGACUUCACGGUGCCCUAUUACGACCUGGUUGGCUUAACGAUCAUGAUGCAGAAAACGAAGCCGUCGACGUCGCUUUUUAAAUUCCUCACGGUGUUGGAGAAUGAGGUCUGGCUCUGCAUAUUAGCGGCGUACUUCUUCACCAGCUUCCUCAUGUGGAUGUUCGACCGAUGGUCGCCAUACAGCUAUCAAAAUAAUCGUGACAAGUACAAGGACGACGAGGAGAAGAGGGAGUUCAAUCUCAGAGAAUGCUUUUGGUUCUGUAUGACCUCUUUGACCCCGCAGGGCGGCGGCGAGGCGCCGAAAAAUUUAUCGGGAAGACUGGUGGCAGCUACGUGGUGGCUCUUCGGGUUCAUCAUCAUCGCGUCGUACACGGCUAACUUGGCGGCCUUCCUCACGGUAUCCAGGCUCGAGAUACCGAUCGAGACCUUGGAGGAUUUGAGCAAGCAGUACAAAAUACAGUACGCGCCUAUCGUGAACUCACCGGCGUAUGUUUACUUCCAGAGGAUGACGGACAUUGAGACACGCUUUUACGAAAUUUGGAAGGAUAUGAGUUUGAAUGAUAGCUUGUCGGAUGUAGAAAGAGCGAAGCUAGCGGUCUGGGAUUAUCCUGUUAGUGACAAGUAUACAAAAAUGUUUCAAGCUAUGAAAGAGGCUGGAUUUCCGGCCGACAUCGACGAAGCUCUAAGGCGAGUUCGACGGCUAGGCCAGUAUGCGAAUAAUGAAUUCGCUUUCAUCGAAGAUGCUUCGACCAUCAAGUAUCUCGUCAUGACAAAUUGCGAUUUGGUCCAGGUCGGAGAGGAAUUUUCAAGGAAACCGUACGCUAUCGCUGUCCAACAAGGCUCACCACUCAAGGAUCAAUUUAACAACGCAAUCCUCAUACUGUUGAACAAAAGAAGAUUAGAAAGGUUGAAGGAUAAAUGGUGGAAGAAUAAUCCCAUCAGGCAGACCUGUGAUCUAGAAAAUAAUCAGAGCGAUGGUAUCAGUAUUCAUAAUAUCGGCGGUGUGUUUCUCGUAAUUUUUGUGGGCAUCGUCAUGGCUUGUCUCACGUUAGCCAUCGAGUACUGGUAUUACCGACACCGUGCGAAAGUUAACGAAUUACAUCAGACCUCGCCUCCGAAAACAAAAUUGGCGAAAAUGAUUAAACCGAUUCGGUUUGACUUGCAUCCUGCUCCUGCACAAACAAUCUCGCAAUUCAGAUCAAGAUUUUAAGUUCAAACUUGAGGAAUAUUUGUUUGUGGAAUAAGUAUAAAACUAUCGCACAAAAAAAGAAUAAAAAUGUUUUUUUUUAACAGUCAAUUUUGUAUAUUAAUUAGAUAUUAGAUAAAAUUCAUGAGGAUUUACAAAUUUUUAUAUCGGGUGUAACGUACAGUACAGAGCAAUUGUCAUGAAACACAGUAACAUUUUCAUAGGAUCCAUUUGCAUACUUUUAGCAUAUACAUGUAUAUACUAGAUUUUUCGCCCGUGCUUUACGCGGUUUUCCACGUUCUUUUUUUUUUGCAAAAGUAGGAGGAAAUGUGUUUACGCACACCCAGCUGGAAUUCCGUCCUGCCGAGUAGUGUGGGACUGCCUCCACACGAUUCAAUCAAAUUAUCUUUGUGCAAAUAUAUUAUUUUUAAAAAGGGAUCAAAGACUCGCACGUGUGGUAAAUGCGUAAUUAGUUAAUAUUUAAAAAAUGCGUAUUGUCAGAUUUAAAAAAUUUAAAUAAACCACAGUCAUCAUUCGCGUAAACUUUGCUAUAAUCAAAUUUUUGUUUAAACAUUACCACAAUUUUGCAAUGUUUAAUUCAACGAAUUUAAAAAUUAAUCUUCCAAAAAUAUUUCCAAAAUUUUUAAACAUUUAAAAAUCUUAUACACUAAAGUAAGAAUGUAAGUAUGUCUGAACUAGCCUAUUCACUUACAACAAAAAAACAUUUUUAAAAAUUUACAAAUCUGGACAAAAAAUACUCGCGCAAAAAUACAGGGUGCUUCAAAAAUAACGGCCGUAACUUUUGGAAAAAAUAGAUCCUUUUUUUAAACAACCUGUAUUUUGGAGUCCAUGGCAGUCAUCCCUGAAAAAUUUGAGAAAUUUUUAUAUCAGUUGCAAGAGGAUCGGACCACAAAUGACGGAGUAGUCCGCGGACAUACAAAUACCCGAUAUAUAUAUAUAAAAGAGUAUAUUUACCAUAUAGUUACCAACCACGCGCGCGCGUGGUCUGUGAGAUAUGUGGUUUUAGAUAAUUUUAAAAGAAGUUGCAAAAUAUACUUGGACAAAGAGAAAGAGAGAAAAAAUUAAUGAGUGGAAGUGAAAGAUUUAAAGCUUAAAUACGAUUUACAUGUUUUUGCAAUGCCUUUAUUUAUCCUUUCCGUACAUUAUUUAGCGAGCGUCCUUUUCUUUUUUUUACAUUGCGUACGUUCUUUUCACAUUAUUUCCUAAAGACAGAAUUGUUUAUAAGUGACACAUUCCUUCGACGCAUUAACAUCAUUCAACAUUCGUUUCAAAGGCAUCAGCAUGCUAGAGUAACAUUUUUUGUAUUUUUUUCGCAUACCUUUUGCAAGGUAAGGGCGUGUUUUCAAAUUACACUUUCUUGUUUACACGUAUGUUCUCAAUUAUUCGAUUUUCUUAGGGUGAGCACAGGAAAGCAACGGAUACAAGGAGAUUUGGAACAUGGGAGAAGGAAAGGAUUAUGGAGGAGGGAUUAAUCUUCUAGGGAGUUAAAUCAUAAUUAUAGGGGAAAUACGAAUAAGAUAAUCCAUUAAUAAUUACGAAAAACAACAAGAAAAUAGAACAGCACUUUAAUUAAAUACCCGAUUUGCAUUCGUGCG